AGGAGCACUGGGCAGCAGAAGUUCUGCUCGCACCUCCAAACAGGCACCUCGGACGAGUGGAGUCUGGCCUCUUCCUCCACGGUCAUACACGUACACACUGAGCGGGUGUUCUCCUCUAACGCACGGACAGGAUUUAGAGUUCACGAUCUGUAGUGCAAGGCACGUAACUUCUAAUAUAAAGAGUUAGAGGGAUAAGUGUAAAAGAUGACGACUGUUAUUGAGACGCAGGUGCAGUAUAACAACACCUACACGGUGUCUACUACGGAAGGCUACAUGAUUCAGGAGGAGGACUGGGACAGGGACCUUCUGCUGGAUCCUGCCUGGGAGAAACAGCAGAGGAAGACAUUCACGGCGUGGUGUAACUCUCAUCUGCGUAAAGCGGGGACUCAGAUUGAGAACAUUGAAGAGGAUUUCAGGAAUGGCCUCAAACUCAUGCUGCUGCUCGAGGUCAUCUCAGGUGAGAGACUGCCCAAGCCUGACAAAGGAAAGAUGCGUUUCCACAAGAUCGCCAACGUCAACAAGGCUCUGGAUUUCAUCGCUAGCAAAGGAGUCAAACUGGUGUCCAUUGGUGCUGAAGAGAUUGUUGAUGGCAACGUGAAAAUGACUCUGGGAAUGAUCUGGACCAUCAUUCUCCGUUUCGCUAUCCAGGACAUUUCUGUGGAGGAGACAUCUGCUAAAGAGGGUCUGCUGCUGUGGUGUCAGAGGAAGACGGCCCCCUACAGGAACGUCAACGUACAGAACUUCCACAUCAGCUGGAAGGACGGCCUCGCUCUGUGUGCCCUCAUCCACAGACACAGACCAGACCUAAUCGACUACUCUAAACUCAGAAAGGACGACCCUAUUGGAAACCUGAACACCGCGUUUGAGGUGGCAGAGAAGUACCUGGACAUCCCAAAGAUGCUGGACGCUGAAGACAUCGUCAACACUCCUAAACCUGAUGAGAAAGCCAUCAUGACCUACGUGUCCUGCUUUUACCAUGCUUUCGCCGGUGCUGAGCAGGCCGAGACCGCGGCUAACAGGAUCUGUAAAGUUCUGGCUGUGAACCAGGAGAACGAAAGGCUGAUGGAGGAGUAUGAGAAACUGGCCAGUGAGUUGUUGGAGUGGAUCCGUCGCACCAUCCCGUGGCUGGAAAACCGCGUGGCGGAGCAGACCAUGCGUGCCAUGCAGCAGAAGCUGGAGGAUUUCCGUGACUACAGGCGCAUCCACAAGCCUCCACGCGUUCAGGAGAAAUGCCAGCUGGAGAUCAACUUCAACACCCUGCAGACCAAGCUCCGCCUGAGCAACCGCCCCGCCUUCAUGCCCUCCGAGGGCAAGAUGGUGUCGGAUAUUGCUAAUGCAUGGAAAGGUCUAGAGCAGGUAGAGAAGGGUUAUGAGGAAUGGCUCCUCACCGAGAUUCGUCGUUUGGAGAGACUGGAUCAUCUGGCAGAGAAGUUCAAGCAGAAAUGCGGCCUGCACGAGUCCUGGACCGCAGGAAAGGAGAACCUGCUGUCUCAGAAGGACUAUGAGACGGCCUCUCUGAUGGAGAUCAGGGCUCUGAUGAGGAAGCACGAGGCAUUUGAGAGCGACCUGGCCGCCCACCAGGACCGAGUGGAGCAGAUCGCAGCCAUCGCUCAAGAGCUCAACGAGUUAGACUAUCAUGAUGCCGCUACAGUGAACACCCGCUGCCAGGGCAUCUGCGACCAGUGGGACAACCUGGGAACCCUGACCCAGAAGAGAAGAGACGCUCUAGAGCGUGUGGAAAAACUCUGGGAGACAAUUGAUCAGCUGUACCUGGAGUUCGCCAAGAGGGCGGCGCCCUUCAACAACUGGAUGGAUGGAGCCAUGGAGGAUCUGCAGGACAUGUUCAUUGUGCACAGCAUUGAGGAAAUACAGAGUCUGAUCACAGCUCACGACCAGUUUAAGGCCACCCUGCCAGAAGCCGACAAGGAGCGCAUAGCCAUCAUGGGCAUCCAGAACGAGAUCACCAAAAUCGCUCAGACCUACGGCAUCAAGCUGGUCGGAGUCAAUCCCUACACGGUCCUCAGCCCACAGGACAUCACCAACAAAUGGGAGGCUGUGAAGCAGCUGGUUCCCCUCAGAGACCAGAUGCUGCAGGAGGAGGUUGCCAGGCAACAGGCCAACGAGAGGCUGAGGCGCUCGUUCGCCGCUCAGGCCAACAUCAUCGGACCCUGGAUUCAGACCAAGAUGGAGGAGAUCGGUCAUGUGUCAGUGGAUAUCUCCGGCUCUCUGGAGGAACAGAUGAACAAUCUGAAGCAGUACGAGCAGAACAUCAUCAACUACAAAUCCAACAUCGACAAACUGGAGGGAGAUCACCAGCUCAUUCAGGAGGCGCUUAUCUUCGACAACAAACACACCAACUACACCAUGGAGCACAUCCGUGUGGGCUGGGAGCAGCUGCUCACCACCAUCGCUCGCACCAUCAACGAGGUGGAGAACCAGAUCCUGACCCGCGACGCCAAGGGCAUCAGCCAGGAGCAGCUCAACGAGUUCAGAGCUUCCUUCAACCACUUCGACAGGAAGAGAAACGGCAUGAUGGACCCCGACGAUUUCCGCGCAUGUUUGAUCUCUAUGGGUUACGAUCUGGGUGAGGUUGAGUUCGCCCGCAUCAUGACCCUGGUGGACCCCAACAACACAGGUGUAGUGACCUUCCAGGCCUUCAUCGACUUCAUGACACGCGAGACUGCUGAAACCGACACUGCUGAACAGGUCAUGGCCUCCUUCAAGAUCCUGGCAUCCGACAAGCCCUACAUCACUGUGGAGGAGCUUCGUCGUGAACUCCCACCCGAGCAGGCCGAGUACUGCAUCACCCGCAUGACCAAGUACGUCGGCCCAGAAGCGGCCCCUGGAGCCCUGGAUUACAUCUCCUUCUCCAGUGCCCUCUAUGGAGAGAGCGAUUUAUAAGCGCUCUGAAUGUCUUUCUUUUUCUCUCUCUUUCCUCUCACCUUUUUCUGUCCUCUCGUUUUCUCCAGUCCCCCAAAUGUAGCUUUCAAUCUGUGAGGGAGUUAAUAAUAUCCCUCAUUUCCCCUCACUGUUUUUCUGUCUGCUAGCUUUAGCAUCAUAUUGGUCUUACAUCAACCCUGUAAAGGACGUGUAACGGGGGUUUUAUAUCUCAAAUUGGAUGCCAAACCCUCCUAUAUGCAUCUCACAUGAUGAGUCUAAAGUCAACAUGGAAUUAAACCAACCCUGUUCAUGUUCCUAAUUCACGUUUUUGUGAACGAUCCACCAGUUACACCAACGAUUAUCUUUAUGAACGUGCUCCCCCUCUGAAACGACUUUAAUUUUUAGAUGAUCAUGUCAAAUAGCUACAGUCACAAUGUAAAAGUCAAAUGGGUUAUAAACACUGUUUCAUGUUGACUUUAGCACGCUAAGCCCAAUUCUCCCUCUCUGUGCCUAAUAAAACCUUCCAAAAUGAGAAAAGGUAUAUUAAAAAGUGUGUUUGUUGAUGCUAAAGAGCGCUUGUGAAGAUGCAUGCUGCGUUUAUUCUACAGACAUUAAUUCGUUAAGUCUGUAGUGUAUUUUAAGACCCCAAAAAGCACUACUGCUGUCCAGUGUCUUCUUAAUAUGAAACUGUGAGAACAACUGAAUAGUCUCUACACAGAACAUCAUGUCUCUGUAUGUUACGUUGUCAUGUUUACCCCUUAAUGAUGUACGUCUUCACUUGUUCGCAAGCAAAUUCAUUAUCUGUUUUCCUUUUAUUUGGAGAGUUUGUGCCAAAAUUAUCAACCAAAGCCAGUAAAUGAAUUUAAAGAUGUUAUGGCAGAGUGUAUGUGUUGUACUGACCGGAAAGGUUUCUGCUAGCCAAAGAGCUAAACGAGAACCAGGUUUGCCUUAAAACCGACUGUAAAGACCAGGUACGUACAAGACAGUAUUGUAAGAGUUUUGUUACGUUCACACACCUGUAAUUUAAAGCAAUAGUUCACUCAAAAUGUAAAGCUAUCAUCAUUUACUUACCCUCGUGUUUAGAGGGUAUGUCAAGAAGUCUUUACUACUCCAUAUACGGCUGCCUUUGAAAAAACAGACUCUUGUAUGAGUAUAACAUCAGCUAUCGUCCACGCCAACGGACGAUAACGGUCUGUUUAUUAAAAGCGCGCGCUUCCAUUGUGUCUCGUUAAACCUGAAUGAAUUUUGAUAGGCUGUCAAUUGUUUUAAAUCGUUCUGAAAGUUUCCUGUUUCUCUGUGUUAUUGUUAGCUGUGGCGGGAACGUCCUUGGAACGUUUAUUACGAUUUUAUAGUUAUCGUGUGAAGACAAAGACAUUUCUGGUUUUGACCGUGAGUAAAUGAUGAUAAGCUUUUAUUUUAGGGAAACUAUAUUCCUUUAAAAGCAGUGUCGUGAGGAGAUCGAGGUAUCUGGUUCUUUUAAAGAAAAGUUUUUGAAUGUUCUGGAAGUUUUGGAAGGAGGCAGAAGGUUCUGAAACCUUCAUCCUCAGGCAGGCCUUGACGUUAUUUAAGGAUAUGGUUUAGUUUCUAUUGGCGAUAUUUAAAUAAUUUCAAUUACAGAUGUUGUUUGUUGAUUAUUAUCCAUCGUGAUGUGAUUUCUGGGUAAAAGUAUUUCACUGACCUUUCAGAUCGCCUCAUUGUGAUCACCUCAAUGUCUCCUGUGGGUCUCCAUUUUCCUCAUUCGCUUUUCAAACACAGAGUAUUAAAGUUAAACCGAAAAACCCAGAAUAAAACGUCUCAAUCGGCUCUA